UGAAACCAGACACAGAGACAUGGCCUCUCGAGUUGCAGCCGUGCUCUUGCUGGGCGUCAUCUGCUUUGGCCUCGCAUCAGGUGAGAUGGCAAUGGACUGCUGCCUGCAGGCCUCUAGCAAACGGUUGCCCUCAAGAAACCUUGUGAGCUACAUCAUUCAGGACGCUAGAAAUGGCUGUGAAAAGAGUGCUACUGUGUUCAUCACAAACGCUGGAAGGCAACUGUGUGUCCUCCACCCCAGCCAGGCAGCAUGGGUGCAGAAACUCAUCAGCAUCUUGGACAAGAAAAAGGAAUCAAGUCAGUGAACAAGGUGUAGAGACGAGUGGACUGAGGAGGCUGAAGGCUAAACUGAGACCUGAGCCAUUUCCAUUUCCAACAAAACAGUCUGUGAGGACCAGAUUUGAAAAAAAGAAAAACAUUGAGUCAUCACUUCUUCUUAUUUAUGACGGUGGUUCACCGUGACAGUGACCCCGGGUUAUUGUUAAAUGUCAGUUCUGCAUGUGUUUCUUCUCAGCCGUGGUGAGCGUGGUGAACUGUGGUCAAAUUAUGGCAGAAUGGUUUCUGGUUUCUCUUUUGUGACUUCUUAAUUUUCAUCUCUGUGACGGUGGCAUUUACAACGGAAACACCAAAUGUUUCGCUUGUAUAAAAGAACUGAAUUUAAAGUGAACAAGGUUUUGAAUAAAAUGUGAUGAUUUGUGUAAAACUAUCCCUGACAGUUAUUUUGAAAUAAACUUUGAUAUGGUUUUGUA